AUGGCUACUCGGAGCCGUUCUGAGGUUCUCAUUUUGGCUCUCUCUGCUCAGGUUUGCCCUACUGAACCUACUUGCUAUACACAAGCAGUAAAACAUGGUGAGUGGCGCAAGGCAAUGGAUGAAGAGUUGAAUCCACUUCUUCAGAAUGAGACUUGGUGUCUCGUUCCAUCACAGUCAGCUAUAUCCUCUGGUUGGGUUGUUAAGCAGCUUGAUGUGCACAAUGCCUUUUUGAAUGGGAAAUUAUCUGAAACUGUUUAUAUGAAGCAACCGCCUGGAUAUAUUGAUAAACAGUUUCCUAAUCAUGUUUGCUUGUUAAAACGCUCUCUGUAUGGAUUAAAACAAGCUCCUAGAGCUUGGUUUAAUCGCUUGCAUGCGUUUCUGAUGUCAGCAGGGUUUAAAGCUUCAAAAACAUAUGUAUCUUUAUUUUACUACUCGCAAGAUUCAAGCUUCAUUUAUAUUCUAGUAUAUGUUGAUGAUAUUCUUGUAAUGGGCAAUGAUCAAAAUCUUAUUAGUAUUUUACUAGCAGAAUUGUCAUCUAAAUUCAAUAUUAGAGAUCUUGGCGAACCUGGUUUCUUUCAUGGGGUUGAAACUGUUGAGUGUGAUGAUGGAAUCUUGUUUUCUCAACAAAGAUACAUGACAGAUAUUUUAAAACAUGCUGGCAUGACAGACUGUAAAUCUUUAGCCACUCUUAUAUCUGUUUCGAAAUCCACUGUCUUUAAUGCAGACUUAUAUGAUGAUGCUACACAGUAUAUGAGUUUGGUUGGAACUUUACAGUAUCUUACGGUUACUCGUCCAGAUCUGUCCUUUGCGGUCAACCAACUCUGUCAACACAUGCAUGCUCCUACAGUCUCUCAUUGGGAGCAAUUAAAACGUGUAUUGAGGUAUGUAAAGGGAACUAUUACUUAUGGUCUGCGAAUAAGGAAGUCAGUGUCUAGAGAUUUACAUGCUUUUUCUGAUUCUGAUUGGGCUGGCUGUCCUGAGGAUCGUAAGUCAACUAGUGGUUAUGCUAUUUUUCUUGGCUCCAAUAUUAUAUCAUGGGUAUGUAAGAAACAAAGAAUUGUUGCUAGAUCAUCUACUAAGCCUGAAUAUAAAGCUCUAGCAUAUGUCUGUGCUGAGAAAUUGAUUAUCACUUUGUUAGAGACAGAGUUGCAAAUGGAGAUAUACAGGUUAAUUUUAUUUCGACUAAGGACCAACUAG